AUGGCGACCGAGUUGACUGUCCAGAGCGAGCGCGCUUUCCAGAAGCAGCCGCACAUCUUCCAGAACUCCAAGAGCAAGGCGAAGUCCACCAGAGUCGGAAAGGGUGGCCGGAGAUGGUACAAGGACGUUGGAUUGGGCUUCAGGACCCCAAAGACUGCCAUUGAGGGCCAGUACAUUGACAAGAAGUGCCCCUUCACUGGACUCGUUUCCAUCCGUGGCCGUAUCCUCACCGGUACCGUCGUCUCCGCCAAGAUGCACCGCACCAUCAUCAUCCGUCGCGAGUACCUCCACUUCAUUCCAAAGUACUCCCGCUACGAGAAGCGCCACAAGAACCUCGCCGCACACGUCUCCCCUGCUUUCCGUGUGUCCGAGGGUGACCAGGUCACUGUUGGCCAAUGCCGGCCUUUGAGCAAGACUGUCCGCUUCAACGUUCUCCGCGUCCUUCCACGAACUGGCAAGCAGGUCAAGGCAUUCAACAAGUUCUAA